UGUCAUAGACGCAAAAACCUUAUUACCUUUAAGGGUUAAUAAGUUUGGACAGCCGAUCUGUCCUGGGAGUGGUACAUAUACUAAUUAUCUGGGAACACUUGCCUGGAAAGGUGAAUUAGCUCCUUUGUGCUACAAAACUUGGUGGGAGAUGCCUAAACGGCUGAAGGAGGAUAUGUGGAACAUUGUAAAGGGAAAAUAUGAUGUGGGAAUCAUGACAAAACAGUGGACAAUAUCCUCCAUCGGAAAAAAAUGGAGGGGGUACAAGUGUGAGUUGAAAAAUGAAUACUACUCAGUUAGGGAUACAGAUGAAGAAAGAUUGGCAAACCCACCACCUAAUGUUGAAAAGGAGCAUUGGGAAUUUUUGGCUAGGCAUUGGGGUACGCCUAUGGCGAAGGAGGUCAGCAAAAAAAAUAAAGAACGUCGUGGGAAGCAGACAAUGAUGCAUACUACAGGGACAAAAAGCUUUGCACGUGUUUCUGCCGAGAUUGAGGAAGACGAAGGUAUUCAGCUUUUUCGUGCAGAUUUAUUCAUCCGCACACAUGUAAAUAAGGAUGGCAAAGCUACUGAUGCUGCUGCUUCGGAGAUGAUUGAAAACAUAAGAGAACUUCAAAAAAGUUACUCUGACUCGCCUAUUGGCAGCUCCAAUGAUUUGUUCUCCAUUUUGAGGGGUGAAGAGAGAACUGGUCGUGUGCGGAUGCUUGGCUUCGGGCCUACACCAAGCGAUGUUUGGGGGCCCUCUCCUAGUAAAGCUGAACUGAUUAAUAAUGCUAAAAAAUCUUAGGAGGAGGCACGUGUUACACGUGUAGAGUUGCAGGAGACGAUUUCAAAAAUGCAAGCCGACUAUGACAACAAGUUGGAAAAUUUACGAGCCAACUACGACAAGUUGGAAAAUUUACAACAACAGGUGGCUAUGCUAAUGCAGAUGCAACAACAAAAUUGUAGUGGACAGGAUUCUGAUUCUUUAAAUGCUCCUCCUAGAGUAUCUCCAAAUCCAUUUUCUAGUCGUGAUGCCAAUUCAGGUAAUUUAAAUCAAAUGGGCAAGAAGACUUGUUGAAGUUGAAGUUGAAGAUGGGGUCGUGGCUGUGCUUUUUGAAUUUCCUUCGCCUUGAUGGGUUCUUUUGAAAAACUUGUAUUACAUUUGUUAAAAAUUCUUAAUUCUUUUUGUGUGACAUUUAGUACCUUUAUCUAGACAAUUUGGAUGGUAUUUUCAUAUUGGCAGGUUAACUUGUGGUUGUAUUAGUAUACAUUUUUUACUAGCUUAACUUGUGGUGGUAUUAGUAGUCAA